AUGUGUCGGAGGCGAAUAUUCAUCGUACUUCUCUUGACUUUGCUUGUUCCGUGGGGAUCGAAUGCGUAUUUGAUUGAAAUGUUUCGAAGACUAACCGAAGGACACAAUCCUAAGGUUGAACCGAAACCACUGGAGGAGCCUCCUUCUCCGAGCCCUGUUUCGAGCACUGGCUCGAAUGCUAGUGGCGGUGGGGUUGAUAAAUCUGGAAAACGUAUGGUUGGAGAUGGUGAAGUUCCUGCUAAUUCGCCCAAGCAAGAGCCAAAUGGUGAAGAAACUAACGAGACGUGUGAGAAGGUCUCUAGAAAAUGCACAAUUCUGAAUACCAUCACCGCCUGUGUACCUCAUGUUGGAAGUGGUCCCCAAGGAUCAUUUCUCAUUCUCCAGAACGAGGGGGACAACUUUCUUAAUGUGAGGGUUACAAUCCUUCCUGUAAAUGAUAUCUUUGAGGCGAUAGAACUAUCAGGACACCAAGUGAAGAAGGUCAAUACCUCAGCAAAUUCUGGAAGUUCAUCGAUUUCAAUAAAUGCGAAUGGGAAUUGUUUAAUUCCCAUUGGAGCUCCAGUAAAACAAGGCAACUUCUAUCAGCAGUUUCCUUAUGCCAGCUACGCAACCUCUGUUAACGGAGUUUAUCUACUUUUUGCUACAGCUCUGAUUAUUGGGGGAAUAUGGGCCUGCUGCAAGUUGGGGAGCAAGACACGGCAUCUUGAUGCAGUUCCCUACAAAGAACUUGAAAUGGGGCAGCCAGAGUCCCGAAUAUCCAUGAAUGAGGAAACAGCUGAAGGUUGGGAUCAAGAUUGGGAUGACGGUGACUGGGAUGAGGAGAAGGCAGUGAAGCCAACAGGUGUAAAUCAUGUGGGAAAUGGACUGGCAAAUGGUCAUACUUCCAGAUCUUCUAAUGCCAAUGGAUGGGGAAAUGAUUGGGAUGAUUAG